GACUGCGAGGAAGUUAGCAGAGCCGCCGGUGCAGGACAGUUCCAGUGGGUCCGGCUUCUCCCUGCCUCCGAGAGAGAUGGAGGCAGACAGGCCUUGCCCAAGUUGUUCCUACAUCGUGAUUUCCUACUGUCACCCACGGGAGGAUCGCAACCAAAGCAUAAAGCAUAAUGCAUAAAGCAGUACCGGGCCCUAAAACAAUUGCUGUCUGCAACCCCAGGUCAUGCCAUGAAAAUCUCGAUUCCUUUGUUUGUUUCAUGGUUGAUGCAGGGAUUAAUUCUUUCCUGUCCGUGGCAUUGUACUUGCUGGAGCUUUCGGCAGAACACCAUAUUUAUCCUGAUACUCUACCGAGGUGGGCCUUCGAAUGUGUUUCGUGGAUUUUUGGACUCGCAUCAGGUUCUGGAUUACUCCAAAACUCAUGAUGUGUAUACAAACCUCAGCUUGUUCACCCAAGCUCCCAGUGAAGAAGCUAUGCCGUACUGCUCAGCGCAGUCACCAAUAUUUGUUGGUCCAUUAACCAUCACCUUCAGGGUGCUCCCUAGUGAAAGAAUGAUCAUCAAAAAAAAUCCUUUUGUUCAGUCGGGUGGCCGCUACAGGCCACCUCACUGCUUGGCCCGCUACAAAUCAGCCAUCCUUGUAGCAUACAAGAACCAGGAGAAGUACCUUCACCAUCUUCUCUACUAUAUUCAUCCUUUCUUGCAGCGCCAGCAGCUCAGUUACAGUAUCUACUUGAUUCAGCAGGUGGGGAAUGGUACGUUUAACCGAGCAAAGCUGCUUAAUGUUGGUGUCCGGGAAGCCCUGAAGGAUGAAGACUGGGACUGCCUUCUUCUGCACGAUGUCGACCUAGUACCUGAGAAUGAUUAUAAUCUCUAUGUUUGCGAUGAAUACUAUCCCAAGCAUAUAGCUAGUGCCAUGGAUAAGUUUCAGUACACUCUGCCAUAUAAGUCCUUUUUCGGGGGUGUAUCUGCUCUGACUCCAGAACAUUACAUGAAGAUGAAUGGGUUUCCAAACACAUACUGGGGCAGUGGUGGUGAAAAUGACGACAUUGCUACAAGGAUUCAGCUAGCAGGAAUGAAAAUAGUCCGGACAUCACCCCACCUUGGACGCUACAAAGUGAUGGACUACAAUGAAGAGACAGAGACUCAAGAGCCUUGGGGAAGGCCUACUUCUCGACACAACACCAGAAAAACAUGGAAAGAUGAUGGAAUGAAUUCAUUAGAGUUCAAGCUCCUUUCCAGGACAAAGCAUCCUCUUUAUACCAACAUCACUGUUGACAUUGGAUACGUUCCCCCAUUUUCUUAAAGAGAAUGAAAACAAAAGCAGAGUUUGGGCUCAGCGUGGCAGCAUGUGUAUGGGCAUUCAGCCUCUACCUCCUGUUGUGGUGUGGAGUCUGCACCACCUGAGACUAAUCCUAUUGUCUUUCAUGAAUUUCACUUUUCUUCUUACUGUUUUAGAAGAAAAGGCCUCAAGAAUAAGGUAUGAUAGCAAAUAAACAGGCUGUGGCUUACUGUAAAAAUUGUCAAAGCACUGUAAAACUAACUACUGAGC